AUGAAGUUUACAAGGGCCGUUACCUUUGCUGCUGUCGCCUCCGCUACUCUGCUGGACAGGCGCGAUAUUACAACUUUGAACGAUACCCUUACCAAUAUUCUGUCGAAAGCAACGGUUCUUACUACGCGUACGAGCAACAUUACGGGCGAUUUUGAAGCUCUCGUCGCGAGUUCUCAUGCGCUCAUCCAAUCGCUCAGAGACGGCGUCGUUGCUAUUAAUUCAACAUUGCCCAACCCUGUACUGGACGAGGACUGUAGUCUCAUCGACUUUCUUCCAGCCUUCCAGAACGUAUGGAACUCCCUUAGGGAUUCUACGAGAGCCGUCAAGUUGGAGAUUGAGAGUACAGGCGCUUGCCGCUUCGUCGGUCAUUGUAUCAAGGAGAUUAUGUCUUCCAGCAUGACACUCCAACAAUUGAUUAGAGAUCGGCUGCCUAGACACUGCAAAUUCCCCACCAAGCAGAAGUUCCAUGAGUUAGGCAUCAGUUCUCCUGAAGGUCGGGACAUCGUACUUUGCAUGUGGGAUCGAUUCAAGAAGGAGAUUGACGCAUUCCGUUUGGGGUUCGAAAAACCCAGCUGCACAAGAUUCGGGACGGCGAGAAACCGGCUAUUUAUGUGA